CUACGACUCCCGGGGUCGUCCGCACGGGAUUUCCAACGUACAACAACCGCGACGUCAACGCACCGCACAACGCACCGCUCCCCCCGCUUGACCCGCCAGCACAAUUGAACGAUGCUACGGCUCACUACUCUCCUCCUCCUCCUGGCUUUGGUCCACUCGUCCACCGCCCUCAAAUUCUCCAUCGACGCUUCCCCCAACCCCACCCAAAAAUGUAUCUCGAACCACGUCGGCCUCGACCAAUUGGUCGUCGUCACGGCAGUUUCGUCUGGGCACAAGGGUGAUGGACAAAGACUCGAUAUCGAGAUUCGGGAUUCGGCUGGGAAUCAUUAUGCUAGUCCUAGGGAUGUCGUCGGUGAGGCGAGGAUUGCAUUCACCUCCCACGCCAACGGCCCCCUCGAAGUCUGCUUCACAAACACCCUGACAAACCCCUCCUCGCCCCCCCCUUCCCGCUCCAUCGACCUCGACCUCGACAUCGGCGCCAACGCCCUCGACUGGUCCGCAAUCCAACGCUCCGAACACCUCUCCCACCUCGAACUCGAGCUCCGGCGUCUGGAGUCCCAGACGUCCGAGGUGGUGGAGGUGAUGGAAUACCUGAGGAUGCGAGAACAGAGGUUGCGAGACACGAAUGAGAGUACGAAUGAGCGGGUCAAGUAUUUCGCGAUUGGGAUGAUGGGGUUGUUGACUGCUUUGGGAUGGUGGCAGGUUGUGUAUUUGAGGAGGUAUUUCAAGGGGAAGCAUUUGAUUGAUUGAGUACGCGGGGAGGAUAGUAUAGGGUUGUUGAGACCAUUCAUCGUACACGCUUAACCAUCGUCGGUAUCGUUUAUGAGCAAACCAAUCUACACAAGUAACACGUCCACUCAUGCAGCCGCAAGCUUCGCAUUUCCAAUCGCCAUCCUUCCUUCUUUCAUCGCGUCCAGGACAUAGUUCAACCC